UCGGGGAUCGCGCCGGGCCGGCGGGGCGGUGAGUGGGAGCGGCUGUUCUUCCUCCGGGCGCGGCGCGGCGCGGGGAGGGCGGCGCGGCCGCAGAUGCUCGGGGGGAUGUGGCACCUCUCCCUGUAGUGGGCUGUGCCCAGCCGGGGAGCCAGCCUGCGGCGGAGCUCGUGAAGCGAUAAUGUCAGGCCCUUGAGGCCACUGGCGCGCAGCUCAAUGCCCGUGGGAAAAGCAGUGCCUCACCGCUUUAUUCAGAGCAGCCCAAGAGGCCUUUUCGGUUGCAGUGUCUAUUUUGUACGUAAAAAGCGGGAGUUGGCCACUGGGUUCUAGCGGGAGGUGUGUUACGCCGCCCGAGUAUGGGAAAAUAGCAAGAACAACAUCAUUUUGGUGAUGUACAAGACUCGUGAAAUUCUAUAUCCACAUUGAAACAAUUAGAUGUCGUAAUUUUUAAGAUUUCCGUAGAACCUCCUUCCCUAGAAGUGCUUCCUACCCCACUGGCUGAGUACUUUUAAAAAUUUAGGCAAUCCAUCUUUAGUUUUGCUACUUUGGAACGAUGCUGGUGCAACAGUUUGCUUCUGUGACCUACAUAAAAAUUUGGACCUAAAGCAUGAGGUUUGAUUCUCUAGUUUUAAGCAUUCAUCUCGUUACAGGCUGGUCUCGCAUAACUCAGCAAAGUCAUGUGCAGUGUUUUGUAAUUUGUCAGAUGGUGAUAGAAACAUUAAGUACUGCAGUAUAUAAGAAAGUUAAAGUUUCUUGAACUCCAGUAACAAUAAAAUUCUUCUUUAUAUCUUACUGGAAGUUCUUAUAGGCUAAUUCUAGAGAUGUGGAAAAUUUUCCUCUCUUUGUAUGUGAAGUUCUUUUCACUUAUUUUUGAUUAACAAAAGUGCUGAAAUGACUGUAUGGUUACUUUUCUUAGAAAUAAUAUCUGAUUAAAAUUUUUAAGGUUCAGCAUAGCAUCUGGAUCUGUCCAGGUAUUGUUAUUUUAUUCUAAAUUUUAGUGAUGAAAAAUAUUGAAAGCAAGACUGACUUGUUGGAAACUGAACUUCCAUUAAUCCUUUUUGUUCCUUUAGGACAAAGCCAUAUGGAGACUAGUUUAUGAUAGGCGGAUUUGCUGGUAGAAGAAAGGCAUCACAUAGGCAGUAGUUUUGAUGAAAAAAUUAAGAGAUAUUUCAUGGAAUGUCUGCGGAUUAUACUAUGUCACUUCUGUCUUCUGUUGCGUCUUUUUAACAUCACUGUUAAUAUGCCAGUAGAUUCCUAGAUAUUUUUGGAUUCACUAAGGAUUUAUAUCAUCUGAAGGGGGUAACAAUGUGGAGGGGAAAGGCCAUCCUAAGAACUUCAUGUUCCUUCUUUUCAUGUUGUUUCAGCAUUCCUUAAUUCUCUGGCCAACAUUUACUUUUCUGCACUGGAAGACAAGAAAAAAACAGCAGUAUCUUCAUAUAUUACAGUGAUUAAUACUCUAAUUAAUACUUUCCUAAUCUCACUUUGUUAUGUAGCUGAUCUUUCUGUUGUCUUAAAAAAGAAAUGUGUUUGGAUUUAUGAAUAUCAUUCCUAGGAAUGUCUCUAUUUUAAAAAGUAAUUUUUCUUAGGACAAUGAUUGAAAGAAGAUCAAGAGCUUGGCAGUUAAGCCAUGCCUGUUUCAGCUGAUGAAACUGUGGGGAACCUGGCUGUGAGAGAUACGGUCCUUAUUCCAGCUGGAAUUGAAGGAUUAGAAGAAUCAUCAUCUAUACAGACUAUAAAAGCUCGACAAGUCAUAUCAAGAAUCAGUCGAGAGGAACUGGAAGACAGAUUUCUUCGUCUACGUGAAGACCACAUCCUACUCAAACAGUAUGCCAAUAAGCAAGAGGAGAAAAUUAAAAGAAUGACCACCAAGUUAAUACGGCUCGUUAAUGAUAAAAGAAAAUGUGACCAGGCUGGCUGUGGACCCAAGCGGCUGGGUCAGGCUCUGGAGCUGGAAGAAAUGAUUGAGCAUUUGCGAGAAAAAGUUUGUGAGCUUGAGAAACAAAAUGAGAGCCUCCGCAACAAACUCAUUUCAACUAAACAGCAGCUCCAGAUUCAAGGCCAUAGGCCUUGUCUGUACAGCUCCAUUCAGUCUCGUGUGAACACUGGUCUCAAAAAAGAGAGUGAGACUGCUGGCAUGCCAGAGCACACCAAGAAGGGAAGGAGAUUUCAGAGUUUAGAAGUGAGAUCAUCUGCCCUUGUGCUUCCCAAAGAUGGACAGAGUCUGCUCGAGGAUUCAAGAGCUGAAAUCAGAAAUUUGGAGACUGUCAUUGAGUCCCAAAAGAACCAAAUUGAGGAACUAGACCGUGCCAGAGAGAUUCUUGGGAGUCAACUAAGAAGGAAAGAAAAGGAAAUUGAAGAAUCCACCUUACGGCUGAAAGAGCAGGGUACAGCAAGCCAAAGGCUAAACAUUCAGGACAAUGUGGAAAUGAUCAAGGUCCAUAAACAGCUGGCUGAGAAAAGCAAUGCUCUUUCAGCAAUGGAAGGAAAAUUUCUGCAGCUUGAAGAGAACCUAAAGAACUUGAAGACCAACCAUGAUGCUUUAUUAGCAAAAGGUGAUGAACUGAAUGUUCAGCUUAAAGAGGAGCGGUUAAAGUGCUUUCAUCUUCAAAAAGAAUUGCAGAUGGUAACUAUUUCAAACAGAAGGACAGAAGAGUUACAGGAAAGAAUAAAUGAUCUAGAAAACGAGAACAAACUCUUGAAGGAAAACUGUGAUAAGCUGCAUAACAGUGUCUUCAGUCUGCCUCAUGAACAGCAAUGGAAAUCAAAGGAACAGCAACUGAAACUGCAAAUUGCUAAACUAGAGGCAGCUAUCAAAAAUGAUCUAGCAGACAAAAAUGAAAUCCUUGACAAGAUCAAAGUAGAAAGAGACCAAAAGGAAAAGCUGAUGCAAGACAACAAAGACCUGCAGUUGCGCUACCUGGAACAAAAACAACAACUAGAUGAUCUGAAAAAUCAAGUGAAGUUUUUAACCAAGGAUCGAAAGCAACAAAAGAAUGUGAACCUUCUGUUCUUUGAAAAAGUGGAAGAUGAUAUCCAUAAAGAUGUAGAAUACUCCAUGCAGGAGCUGCAGUUAACACAUGCGGAAACUGUGCAAGAACUUGAGAAGACAAGGAAUUUGUUACUUGUGCAGCACAAAAUUAGCAAAAAUUACCAGACUGAAGUAGAAACAAUGACAAGAAAGAUGGAAAGUCUACAGAAAGAUUAUGAGCUCAAAUUGGAACAGUAUACCCAUCUUCUCGAUAUUAGAGCUGCACGUAUCAGAAAACUAGAAGCGCAACUAAGAGACAUUGUGUAUGGUACAAAAACACUUAAGUCCAGACAAGAAGUAUUGCCGAAUGAUCCAGUGGGUGGAUUUGUUGAAACUGUUCAUUUAGAAAGAGGAGAGAACCUUUUUGAAAUUCAUAUCAGCAAAGUGAUCUUCUCUUCUGAAGCUAUGCACACUUUUGGUGACUGGGAACCUGCAACCUUUUGUACUUACGCAUUCUAUGACUUUGAACUUCAGAUAACCCCAGUAGUUCAUGGGAAGACCCCAUCAUAUGACUUCACUUCUCAGUUUCUUGUGCAAUCUGAUGAUAGCUUCUUUCACUAUAUACAGGAAAACAACAUCACACUGGAGGUUCAUCGUGCGUAUGGCAUAGAUUAUGAAACAAUUGCCUCUUGUCAGCUUAAGUUCCAUGAAAUCUUGGAAAAGGAAGGCAAGAUCUACAACACAGCAAAUAUAGUUGGAAAAACAGGACACAUUCAAAAUUAUGGUACCGUAGAAUAUUGGAUCAGGUUACAAGUUUCUGUGGACCAAGCUGUUCUUCCCUACAAACAGAGGUCAAAGGAUCUGGGAUAUAUAAUGCCCAGUUUUAGGGAGCAUGAACAACCAUCCAAGACUCCAACACUCAAAAUGAAGCAGCGUGCAGCUCAAGCACACAAGAGAGUCUCUUUUCUGGAUCUUAGUGCAGUACAGAUGGCACAUGUGGUACAGAAUGCUAAACAGCUGUUGAGUGACAAAGUGACGGACAUGGCUGAAGAAAUUCAGCAGGAAAAAGAAGAGCUCUCUCAUCUGUCAGAGGAGCAAUUGGCUGACCAAACACUGAUUACUUCUAGAGAUGAGACAGAAAUAAUUGAAGAAUUUGAACCAGAAGAUCAAGAAGAUCAUCAAGAGGAUGAUGCUGUUGAAUCAAUAAAAACUGAUAGUGAUGACUGUAUUAUUUCAAGUCCAGUAUCCACAAAUAUUAAACAGCUGAGUCAGAGUAUACAUGGCAAUUAUUUGGAAGUUGAAAAAAUCCAGAUUAAAAUUACAUCACUUGGUCUUAUUGAGUCACGAAUAACAGCAGAUGAAACAAUACAGCAGCUGUUUGUAGAAUGCAGAUUAAACAAUUUCCUUGCAGAGGAGACCCCACUGUCACUUCCCAAACCACCUAGUGGUCAGAGGAUUCACUAUAACUAUAGCACUGCGAUAAAUGUGGAUAAGGAAGAUAAUCAUGCAGAAAGAGAGUAUCUCAAGUCAAUUCUUCUAAAGCCAGAUCUGCCUGCUGACAGCCUAAAAUUUACAGUGGUCAGUGAUCCUCCAGAAGAUGAGCAGGAUCUUGAAUGUGAGGACAUUGGGUUUGCUUAUGUCAGUUUAAAAGAGAUAUUCCAGAAGCAAAGAGAUAUCAUUGAGCAAGAUAUUGAUGUUUCCUGUUCCCCAUGGCAGCAGAGGCACAAUUACCAAUGGUGCACUUUUCUCUUUACGUUUUCCUCUCAAUCCUCUUUCCCCCUUGGGGUGAAGCUCGGUGAAGAAGCUGAAAGCACCUCUCUUAUAAAAGAGUAACUCUCCUUUCCCAAUAAAAGGAUACAGUCCCCUGAAGUCUGCUCUUGAAGUUGACAGUUCACUGAGUGAUUUGUCGAGGCUGAUUUGGACCCAUCCAUCAUACACAGCGUAGAAAAAGCAUUAAUUGCUGUAUUUUUACUUAAAACUAUUCCUAUGUAUGUAGAUAUAAGUUUAAUAGAAUUUGGAAAAUCUUUAUUUACAUAUUGUGAAAAAUAAUUAUUUCAUUUAAACAAUUAUUAUAUUGAUAGUUUCCUUUCUAAAUUAAUUUCAACACAAAUUCAUUUAUUGGUGUAUAUUCUACUUCUAGGAGUGAUUAAUUUCCAGUAACCUGAGGGCAUGAACUGCAAGAUUAUUUAUUUAUCUCUCCCUUUUUUUUUAGCAUAUGCUAGUUGCUCUUUAAUCUGUCCAAAAACUAAAGAAAGCUAUCAAAACAAAAGUGAAAUCUUAAGUUGAAUACCUAAUGCUGUUUUCUUAUAUUUCCUUUCUAGUUUUUGAUUCACAAGAUGCCAGUGCAGUAAUUGGAAAGCUCACAGUGACAGUGGAAGCCCUCAAUGCACUGCGUUCAGUCCAUGGGGAAUGCAAAAAUAAGCUCCCAGUGUAA